GAGCAUGUUCGCAACCCCUGGAAGUAAGUUGGAAUGUCCUUAUCACCAAGCUCCCUUUAUUGCUGUCAUCUGUUACCGGAUUUAUUGUUUUUUGUCGCUCUCGAAGCUAACCGCCUUUGCUUUGUCUUUAGUGGAGCAACUUGCUAUUCAGCAGCAGAUCGAGUUGUUGCAGCAGCAGCAACAGCAAAUUCAAGCCACACACCAGUACAUGAAUAUGGGAAUGAUGCCGCCGGGUCAGUUGGGUCCGGGCGGUUCUUUCAACCCCCUACAGCCCACUAUGGCCAAUAUGUCGCCGCAGACGGCUUUCCAAUUUCCCAACCAGCUUCCACAGCAACAGAAUGUUCCCAUGGGACCGCCGAGUCAGCCCAUGUCACACCGCCGUAACCAAUCGGCCCUCCCUAACAUGGGAAUGGGACCACCCCCGGCUCCUUCAACUGGAGCUUCCGGGUCCGCCUUUGGGCAAUUUGAUAACUCGUCUGGUCAGCAGAAUCGGGAGAACGCCCCUCGGGGAGGGCGAGGCGGCGGCUCCGGUCACCAGAGAAGACAUUCUUUAGCCCUGGCUGAUGCCAAGAAGGCAGCUGAGAUUGCUCAGCAGAAAAGGACAACUUCGGGUUUCCAGUUCCCGGCUGCGGGACCCUCCGAGAGCUCCCCUGCUGAGGAACCCAAAUCCGUCUCCGCGGAUACCCCUAUAGCACAGGGCACAUCCGUUCGUGGCGGACGCGGCGCACACGGACGAAGCCAGAGCAUGGCAAUCGGCAGAGGGGGUGCUCGCGGUGGAGCAAUGCAUCUCAACACCAACGAGUCCGGUGAUUUUGGUCGCCGUGGCAGCGCCGCAGGCGGCCAUGCUCGAACUUCUUCCCGCAAUUUCGAAGGCAAUUGGCGUAACCAGCAGGGUCAAAACCAAGGUCAGGAGCAGGCUGGUCAAGGCCAGCAGGGUUUCCAGCCUGGCCAUCGCAACCGCGGCUCGGUGAGCCAGCAGUCUAUCUCGAACAUUGGAGCCUUCCAGUAUCCUAACCAGGCUCAACUUAUGCAAUUUAAUGGCCAGAUGCCAAUAAUGCAGAUGUACCCUGGCCAACAGCUAAAUCCUAUGCAGUUGAAUCAGCUCCAAGCUCUUCAAGCUGCUCAGAUGAACGGCCAGCAUCUUGUUGGUCUUCAAGGGAGCCAGCAUGCGCCGCAGCUCAGUGGCCAACAGUCUCAGCAGCAGCAGAGAAAGACACUUUUCACGCCCUAUCUUCCCCAAGCUACCUUGCCCGCGCUGCUUGGUGACGGGCAGCUCGUAUCUGGUAUUCUCCGAGUAAAUAAAAAGAAUCGUAGCGAUGCGUACGUGGCUACUUCAGAUGGCCUUCUAGAUGCAGAUAUCUUCAUUUGCGGUAGCAAAGAUCGCAACCGAGCGUUGGAGGGCGAUCUCGUCGCGGUUGAGCUCCUUGAUGUAGAUGAGGUAUGGUCGCAAAAGCGCGAGAAGGAAGAGAAAAAGAAGAGGAAGGACAUCACUGACACACGAUCCGGAUCUACCAAUGGCAAUGCUCAAUCUCACAACGGCAACGGGGAAGAGGCAACCAACGGCGAAGGAGGAAUCCGUAGACGUGGUAGUCUCCGACAGAGGCCUACACAGAAAAAGAAUGAUGACGUGGAAGUGGAGGGACAGAGCCUCCUUCUCGUUGAAGAAGAGGAGAUUAACGAUGAAUCGAAGCCUCUUUAUGCCGGCCACAUCGUGGCUGUCAUUGAACGUGUUGCUGGCCAGAUGUUUUCGGGUACGCUUGGCUUAUUGCGCCCCAGCAGCCAGGCUACCAAGGAGAAGCAGGAAGCGGAGCGGGCUGCUCGCGAUGGUGGCCGAUCUCACGACAGCCGCCAGCAGGAUAAACCCAAGAUCGUCUGGUUCAAACCUACCGAUAAGCGUGUCCCUCUCAUUGCCAUUCCCACCGAACAGGCACCACGUGACUUCGUGGAGAAACAUCAAGAAUAUGCUGAUCGUAUAUUUGUUGCUUGUAUAAAGCGCUGGCCUAUUACGUCUCUGCACCCCUUCGGUACCCUUGUCGAGCAACUCGGCAAGAUGGGUGAUUUGAAGGUUGAGACCGAUGCUCUUCUACGUGAUAACAAUUUCUCAUCCGACGAGUUUUCGGAAGCCGUCCUGCGAAGCGUUGGUCUUCAGGAUUGGUCUCUCGCUAAGGAGGACGAGGCUUCUAUCAGUGCUCGCCGAGACUUCCGUGAGGAGAAGACAUUCACCCUCGACCUUGCCGGCACCGGGGAACUCGGCAAUGCAGUUCAUGUCAAGACCGAGUCUGAUGGAAAGAUCGAGAUCGGUAUCCAUGUAGCUGAUGUCACUCAUUUCGUCAAGCCUAACUCGCUCGUUGAUCGGGAAGCGAAGAAGCGCGGUACUGCCGUUCAUCUUGUGAACCGAACAUGUGCUUUACUUCCUCCCCGAAUUGCGUCGGAGCUCGGCACUCUCCUUCCAAAUGAAGACCGACUCACUAUUAGUGUUGUUUUCCGUGUUAACGCGCACACUGGCGUGGUUGCGGAGGGCGACACUUGGAUCGGCAAGAGUAUUAUCAAGAGCAACGCUACACUGACUCUAAAGGAACUUGACGAUGCUUUAUCUAAUCAAGCCGGCUUCAGCCACCCUGUUGUCCAGGUUAAGGAUGUCCAAAUUCUUAAUGCCGUCGCACAGAAAUUCCGAGAGGCACGCUUGGGCUCCGAGGGUGAGCCAAUGGCUCCUCUUCGAUUGCUCCAUCAGUUGGAUGACGAGAACAUCCCUAUCCAGCACAACAUCUUCGAUGCGACAGCUGGCACUGAACUAGUUGAAGAGCUUUUGCACAAAGUUAACUCAUCUGUCGCUCACAAGCUCGCACAGGGCCUCCCCGAAAAAGCGUUGCUUAGGCGCGAAUCACCACCAAACGCUCGUAGGCUGCAGACCUUCGCUGAGCGUAUGCGGGCGCUUGGAUACGACAUCGAUACCACCAGCAGCGGUACGCUCCAGAACAGCCUCUUCAAGGUUGACGAUCCCGACAUCCGCAAGGGCAUGGAGACCCUACUACUGAAAACGAUGCAACACGCCAAAUACUAUAUAACUGGCAAGACUAACAAGCUACUUUGGCCCCAUUAUGCUCUGAACCUACCUCUUUACACCCACUUCACAGCCCCCACGAGGCGAUACGCUGACAUCAUUGUUCACCGCCAACUGGAGGCUGUCAUUUCGGAGGGCAAGGUUGAAUAUAACGACGAUAUCGAGAAUCUGGUGAAGACGAUUGAAUCUUGUAACACCAAGAAGGAGUCGGCACAGAACGCUCAAGAACAAAGCAUUCACAUCGAGUCCUGUAGAAUCAUGGACAAGAAACGCCAGGAGGUUAAUGGUGACCUGAUUAGCGAAGGCAUUGUUAUCUGCGUUUACGAAUCUGCCUUCGACGUUCUAAUUCCCGAAUGGGGCUUCGAGAAGCGUGUGCACUGCGACCAGUUGCCGCUGAAGAAGGCUGAGUUCAGGAAGGAGAAGAGGGUCUUGGAGCUUUACUGGGAGAAAGGUGUUCCCAGUUCAGCCUACGUACCGGAAGAUGAGAGACCUAAGGCGGGUUCGCAACGAAUCUCGAAUGCCAUGGCAGCUGCCCGACAGGCAGAGGAGGCCGAGAGGGUCAAGAAGGAGCGAGAGGAAGCAACACGGAAGCAAACCGAGACAGGUACCAGAUCAACAGAUGACGUUGAUGCGUUAUUCGAAGACGAUGACGACAAUGCUUCCGAUAUUACGGAGGCUAUGGCCGGUGCCUCAUUGGCCGAGCGCCCUACUCAGAGCGUGCCAGGAUCGCCAACUCGAUCCUCAUCUAACCCGGGUGUCCUUCACCGCACCAGGUCGGACUCGAAGGUGCCUAUGGCGGAAGCUGUAGAGACCCGUCUGACGAAUAAGGAGAAGUACCUCAAGCUAUUUGCUCUGAGGGAAGAAGGUGGCGACUACAUCCAAGAUGUGACGGAGAUGACUAGAGUACCGGUGAUCCUCAAGACGGAUCUUAGCAAGAGCCCACCUUGCUUGACGAUCCGCUCGCUUAACCCCUACGCAUUGUAGGCGCCAUAAUGGCGAUAUCCUUUUGCUUUUGCUUUUGCUUUUUGCUUGACGACUUUGGGCAGGCGGGGCAAUAGAGCGGCGGCACGUUUGUUACGCGCUGUUUGAAUCACGGGAUGUAGAGUUUAUGAAGUAAGGAGGAGCGGAAAAUAGGGUAGAUUGUCAGGCCGCUCUCGGCCGGAACCCCAAGGAGUGCAUCUCUUACCGUGUUGAUAAAAAGUGUUUUAUUGGACAGGCAGAUAGAACUAGGUAGCUGCCACAAUCAACAACAGAGAUAUAUGAGAUCGUGUUAAGUUA